CACUGUGGGCAGCCAGUCAGAGACAACAUGCGUGAAGCCCCAAAUGGCACCAAGCCAGUGAAGCUGAUUGCUGCAGCCUGUAACAGUAUGGGAAUUGGACUAAAUGGAUACCUGCCCUGGAAUUUACCGAAUGAAUUCAAGUAUUUAUUAGACACAAUAACUAGAGUCACCCAACCAGGGAAGAAGAAUUUACUCCUAUGGGGCCGGCAAUCGUUUGAGACUUUUGAUGAGAGCUUGUUGCCCCUGCCCAACUGUAUCAUUGCUCUCCUGAGCAGAAAGCUAAGCACGGUACCCCCGUAUGUGAGCUACUUGUGCAAAAAUGAGGAAGAGAUCCUAAAAUUUGCCUCUACUCCUCCUCUUAAUGACGAGAUUGAAACCAUCUGGGUGCUGGGUGGCGUUGAGUCCUACAAGAACCUUAUGCAGCAUCCUUGGUGCAACCACAUCUACUUCACCAAAAUUAUGGCUGAUUUCGAGUGUGACACAUUUUUUCCCGAAUUUGACAAAAACAUUUUUAAAUUAAAAGAAAACUUUCCAGGAGUUCCAUCGGGAAUACAGGAAGAGAACGGGGUAAAAUACGUGUUUCAAGUGUACCAACGAGAUCUUUUAGUGGAUCUAUUAUAGUAACAGGGUAAUGUCCCUAACUGGAGAACAGCUAAUAGGAAUCAAAUGUGACCAAUAACGGACUCUGGAGCAAAACUACAGCUGCUAUUGGGCCUAAAUGGCCAGGCUAUUGGAAUAACAGGGCUGAUUAUCUGUGUAAUAAAGGGGAACAUCACAUUCAGGCUUUCUCUAAAUGUAUUUAAGCAGCUGUUUAAUAUACUUUUACUUUUUUUAA